AUGGCUAAACCAUUGCAAAAAGAAAGAGAAAAUAGAUCAGCAGAGAAAAAGGAUUAUAGCUUCCACCCAUAUAAUUUAACACCAGAGAGCGCUCAUACUGCAAUAUUGCUUUUAGAAUCAGCUGAAUCUGAAAUACUAUGCCAGACACUUCGGGCAAUAACGAAGUUCGCUGCUCAAGAGAUUCAAAAUCGCUACGUAUUAUUCAACUUGAACGCUAUAAAAUACAUUCUACCGCAUAUCGAACAUCCAGAAUUGAAUAUAAAACGGUUUGCUCUCAAAGCACUGGCUCAGCUAUGCCAGUUACCUCAGGGGCCCGAGCAAGUACUCUUCAAUCCGCAGAAUCUAAGGAAAAUAGCUUUCAUGCUAGCGAAGAUGGAAGACAUAUUUGUACUCGAGUUUGCGUCUCUCGUGCUGUCAGAGCUGACCAGAGAGCCCCUUGGCUGUGAGCAACUAGUUUCUGCAAAUAUUCUCAACAGUUUGUGUUCGCGUAUGAAAAACAGUCUCGAUCCCGACGUUCAGAAAAAUUGUCUUCAGACUUUAAGCAAUCUGCUUGAAGAUCCGAUGUGUGCUUCAGAAGUAACGAAGAAUCAGCAAUUCAGUUGGCCCUCUUUGUUGGCGCUAAUGCAGAGCAAGUACCUGGCCAUACAACACGCGGCUUUGAAAACUGUAGACCAGCUAAUUUGUAGAUACAAGGACCAAGUAGUCCAAAAAACUUUUCGGGCGUCUACAGGAGUGUUGGAUCUUUGUGAUAUUUUGGAAUCAUAUGAGUUCCGUGACGUCCACACUCAAGUUCUUGGAGUUUUACGAAACUACGCCGAGACUGAGGAGAAUGCAACCCAUCUUUACCAGUCGGGCUGUAUGUUGCGACUGCUUGCAUAUCUCGAAAUGGCUUUACCUGCUAUGAAACCUCAUUGUCUCGGAGUUCUUGCUAAGAUGUCCUUCACAUCUAAUGGAAGAGAUGCUCUUUAUCAAACGGGCACAGACCUGGUGUUCUGCCAUCAGUUGCUCAGUUCGAAUGUGGAACUUCUGUCUGACGCAGCUAUGGGCGUGGCGAACAUGACAAAGCUGCUGCCGGCAGCUGUUCGCAUGUCCGAUACAAACAUCAUUGAAGCGCUAUGUGCAAUUUUAAGCGACGAUGCAGCUGUUUGGUUUUACAUAAGAAUGAACGCUCUUCGGGCUUUGGGUGAACUGUGUCGGAUUAUACCAAAAGCUGCGUUUAGCGUCAUCGAACCGAAAACUUUUUCAUCUUUGCGGAAUAUAAAUAAAAAAUACAAAGACACUCCCAUUGAAGCCCAACGGUUAGCUGUGCAAUGUUAUAUAAAUCUCCAGAACUACCACGUAAGCACUGCCGCUAUGCUCAAUGCGGAAUUCAUGCAAGAAUUAGUUAAUAUUUUGCAGCGUAUCGACAUUAGGCUAAAAAUAAUGACUUGCGCAGUAUUAAGCGGACUCAUGAAAGAGGAAAUUGCAAAGGAUUUGUUUACGUCAAAAGAAGGUGAAGAGGUUGUGUCGAAUAAUCUACGGAUAGAACACAUUGGUCUUCGCACAGCUCUGUGCACGCUUAUCUGUGCAAGUGUUACCGAUGAAGGGGCGGAUGUUUAUCUCGAAUUGGGCACUAUACAUUAUAUGGUAGAAAACAAAAAGGCGAGAUAUGUUGUUAGCGCAUGGGAACCAGCAUUGGAAUCAAUUUUCCGACAUCACCCAUCCGCCAAGUUCGCGUACACUGGUCGUCUGGAUAUCAAUGACUUUACUAAGGAUGGAUUCUACGUACAAAAACACUUGGGCAAAAUGUUCCCUACAAUACAAGCGCUUUCAAACCUUCAUCCUCCUCAUCGCGACCCUGUUUUCUUCUGUAUGUUUCAGCAGCCUUACGAAACAUCCGCCAUGGAUAUGAGAUCGCAACGUGAGUUACACUCUUCAAAGCUGACGGUUUCACCGUCGAGUCGAUUACACUUUCCCUUAAUGCCCGAUGAUUCAAAUCUUCGAAAUUAUUUGCUGCGUUUGCGAAUUUGGUUCGGCGAUCCUGCAAAAUCAUUGCAUUACUUCGAAAUCGAAGAUGCACAUUACGAAGUGAGAUAUCGAGAUAAAUGCGAUGAAGUUUCAUCUUCCUUAAAGCAAAGAGCUCAGAUGCUGGGCGAGUUUGUGGCGCAGCAAAUGAGUGGUUUGACUCAGGAACGUGACUGUUCCAUGCCCAGUGUCAACCUGCAUUUAGUGGACUUGAUGAAAGCGUUAAAGUCAUGUGUGAUCGGUAUUGGGUACGUCCGAUGUGGAGGUCAACUGGAGCGAGCGUUGUUGUACAAAGUGUUGGCGGACCGAGCGGGUCUCCCGUGUUCUCUGCAUCGGGCGUGCAGCGCGCACGCGUGGUGCGAAGUGGCCGUGCCGGAGUUGGAUUCAGACAAUGAGAACUAUCCCGCUGGACUUCUUAGAGCGAACUACGUGGUUGAUCUAAUGGAACAUCCAGGGAAGCUUUUACCUCGCCAGUCACCUGAGGCCAGACGCGUGUGCGGAGGCGAAUGUUCGCCGUACACUACGCGUGAAAAACACACAGAAUGUGAUUGUGGCCUUGGAAAACGAGAAAUGAAAUGUAAUUAAUUCUAGUUUUGCUGUACGAGUAGAAAGUAGUAUUACGUUCAUUAUGAGUUUAGAGGAAGAAGUUCCCGCUGACAAUAUUUGUAGGUAUUGCAAGAAAAGGUAUGAAACAUCGUAAAUCUAAUAGUGUUCGGUACAUUAACGUUGACGGAAUUUUUUUUAUUAAUAAAUAUUGUUAAUGUGUGUGGGUGGAGAUUGAGCACUUACCAUCAGGUGACCUAUUUGCCCUUCUAGAAAUCAGGCGCUGAUAUUGUUCUUUUAAUACAAAUACUCUUUCAAAUUACUUAAAUUCGCCAAUUUACAAAUUCAUCAAGCAACAUGACAAUCAUUAUGGUCGUCCGAAAUAAUCCCGUCAGCGACAUGCUGCUUACAAAUCUUCAUAGCCUUGCCAUCACAUAUAAAGAAAAAAACUCCAAAUUAGUCUGUACAUACUUCUCGUCUUCUUGAUCUUGAUGCAACGAGUUUGUUACUUCUACUGACGCUCGCGCAAACAAGGCAAGAAUACAAUGAGUAGCCAUUUUGUAUUUUCUACGCGCGGUAGUGUUUGAGCGCAUGCAGUAUAAUAGAACGUUCGUGUACGUUUUUAUACGUUCAUGAUAUAUGGACAGAAGUGUGAAAUCUGUUUGUUAAUCAAAGUGUGUACUUGGAAUGCGUGUUUGAUCACAUUUUUUUAUGGAUGGGAAUGUAUUAAUUUAGGUAA